AUGGAGCAAGCCACCCCUCCCGCCGCCGCUGGCGUCGACCUAUCCCCGGCGGCGACCGACCUCGGCCGGGUGCACCUCCUGCCCUGCGGCAUCAGGCACAACAGCGCCGCCGCCGUCUCCGACUACUUCAAGCCGAGGGACACUGGCGUGGAGGUGGAUGGGGUGAAGGUGGAGGAGGCCUUCUUCCGCGGGAGGAACCUGCAGGGCGCCACCGUCGCGCUCCCCGAUGGCUACCGAGGUUAUGUACUGGAGAAGAAGAAGAACGAAGAAAAGGAUGCUCAGGGCAUGGAUGAGGAGGCUAGCAAUUUUGUAUCCCGUGCAGAAUUCCAGAACAUAACUUACUGGAACCAUGACACCAUGCCAUCAGCAGAGGAUCCUCUCCCACGGUGCUUUCAUUGGUUAGCCAUUGCGAAUGCAAUGCACAAGCCAGUGACUGCUGAAGACAUGGCUAACAUGUCAGCCAGGCAGAAUCAGAACAGUUGA